UCUUGCAGCAGGCGGACCGGGCGCCGAGAUGUCCGGACCGGCAGGGGACGGGCAGGGAGCCGCAGAGACCCCGACCUUGGGCGCGCUGAGGGGCCACCGCGUCUACGCGCGCCGCUGGGUCUUCCUGCUGGUGCUCAGCCUGCUCAGCUUCUCCAACGCCACGCUGUGGCUCAGCUUCGCACCUGUGGCCAACACGGUCGCCCAGCGCUUCGUCCUUUCCACUGAGCAGAUCAACUGGCUCUCGCUGGUCUACCUUGUGGUGUCCAUCCCAUUCGGCGUGGUAUCCAUUUGGGUUCUGGACUUCGCUGGGCUCUGCUGGGCGACCGUCCUGUGUGCAUGGCUGAACUUUGCUGGGAGUGUGCUCCGCAGCCUGCCCUGCAUGGAGAUCGAGACGCAGGACCCAUUUGCCUUCCUCAUGGGUGGGCAGAGCCUCUGUGCCCUGGCCCAGACCCUGGUCAUCUUCUCUCCAGCCAAGCUGGCUGCCUUGUGGUUCCCCGAGCACCAGCGAGCCACAGCCAACAUGAUCGGCACCAUGUCAAACCCCCUGGGCAUCCUGGUGGCCAACCUGCUGUCGCCCGCCCUGGUAAAGAACAAGGAGGACGUCCCCUUAAUGCUGGGCAUCUACAUCAUCCCUGCCGGUCUCAUCUGCCUGCUGGCCACUGCAUGCCUCUGGGAGAGUGUGCCCCCCACCCCGCCCUCUGCUGGGGCUGCCUGCUCCACCUCGGAGAAGUUCCUGGAUGGGCUGAAGCUGCUCGUGAGGAACAAGGCCUACGUCAUCCUGGCCGUGUGCUUUGGGGGCGGCAUCGGCAUCUUCUCCAGCUUCUUGGCCCUCCUGGAGCAGGUCCUCUGCGUGAAGGGUUACUCCAACGAAUUUGCGGGCUUCUGUGCAUCUCUCUUCAUUGGAUUUGGGGUCCUGGGGGCACUGGUUCUCGGCCUGUACGUGGACCGGACCAAGCAUUUCACUGAAGCCCUCAAGAUUGGCCUCUGUCUGACCUCCCUGGUCAGCGUGGCCUUUGCCCUGGUGUCCCAGCUUCCAGGACAGACCCAUGCCCUGGCUGUCAUCUGCUCACUGUUUGGGCUCUUUGGCUUCUCUGUGGCACCCGUAGCCAUGGAGCUGGCGGUCGAGUGUUCCUUCCCUGUGGGUGAGGGUGCAGCCACAGGCCUCGUCUUCGUGCUUGGGCAGGCCGAGGGUGUGCUCAUCAUGGUGCUGCUGACUACUCUGACCGUUCGUCGUGCGGAGCCAUCCUUCUCCACCUGCCGGGAUGGCCAGGGCCCAUUGGACUGGAUGGUGUCCAUGCUGCUGAUGGCCGGCCUGUGCACCUGCUUCAGCUGCUUCUUGGUGCUCUUCUUCCACACCCCAUACCGGCGCCUGCAGGCUGAGGCCAGCAUGAGCCCCUCCAUCCAGGAGGAUGCAUGUGCGGCAGCUGAGGACCACACACCCUACCCUGCAGCCACCCCUGAGCCUCUGCCUUGGGACCCCACAACUCCCAGCACUGAUGCCACAGGAAGCUCAGAGGCAGCUCAUUCCUGGGGCCGGCUAUCCUGACACUGCCUCCCUCCUCCUGGGAGCCCUGAGCCCCCAGGACCCCCACGACUUGCUGAGAUGUCACAAGGAGCCCUGCAGAGGACCAGAGGCCAAGGGACCAGUUGGUGUGUCGAGAAGAGGCCUGGGGACAUGAACGGGAGGUGGGAGAGGCAGGCCCUGGUCAUCUCUGCUGUGCCAGCCAUGGCUGAGCCUGGGAUGGGGUGUCAGCGUCCUGCAGAUGCCUAGGGACUCGGGCUCCUCAGCACACCCAAGGCACGGCAGGGUGGUCUGGGGGACCUUGUGUCUGUAGCAAGAAGAGCUGUUGCUGUGCGGACAAGCAGCCACUGAUCAGGCAGGAUGCCCAGUGGCCAACCCAGGCACAGGGUGGCAGGUACAGGGGCAGUGUAUGGGGGGCAUGAGGGGCAUGGGCUGACAGGGAGCUAGAUGGGUUGGGGGUCAUGAGGGCACCCAGCAUGGUUGAGUCUGGAGUGGACAGGUGUGGGGAAGGCCUUCCUUGAAGGAGCCCAUCCAGAGCCUCUCUAAACCUCUGCUGACCACUGAGUGACCAGACCCCCAGCCUGGGUGCUCAGGACAGGUGUGGGGAGCAGGUUGGGCCAGGCUGGGCUGGGAGAGGGAAGUAGAGGGAGGAACCCACAGGCAGAUGCUCACCCUGCAGACCCUCCCACUUCCCAGGAGGACACCUCCUCCUCCCCCGACAGACACUCGCAGGCAGGUCUGUGGGUUCAGGUUCAUGUUUAUUAUUACCCCGUGGGGGUCACGUAGCUCAGGGCCUUGUAGUGCAGGUUGCCUGUGGCAUCCAUGGUCGCCAACUGGAACGUCUGGUCCACCUGCGAGUGGGUUUGGUCUGGAAGUCAGGCCCAGGCAGAGGGAGGGAGCAAAGACUCCGCGGGGCCUGCAGCCACUGGGGGAAUUACACGCGCUGAACUCCA